AUGCCUCACCGUAACAACCCUGCACCUCUCCCCCUCGUCGUGACCCUAAACUGCGUCGAGGACUGUUCCCUCGAAUUCGAAUCCCUAGCCGGCGUCGCCACCGUCCAGCAUGAUAACACAUUGCAGGCGGUGGAGGAAGUUGUGAAUCCCAAGUGUAAGGAAGCCAGAAAUGAUGACGAUAAGAAGCCUCAUGAGCUAUUCACUGAAAGGCACAAGGAGCUGGUGAAAGCUGGAGAGAAAUGGGCAAAAGAAACCGCUAGUUCUUUUACACUUGUGGGUACUCUCAUCACUACUAUCAUGUUCGCUGCGGUCUUCACUGUCCCAGGUGGAAACACACAAGAUACUGGAGUGCCCAUUUUCUUAAAGGAGAAGAUAUUUACUGCAUUUGUGGUCGCAGAUGCAAUAUCUCUCUUCACUUCUGCCACUUCAGUCUUGAUAUGCAUUUGGAUCGUCGCAUCGCGUUAUGCUGAACAAGACUUCCUAAGAAGAUUGCCGUAUAAGUUACUGUUGAGCAUUUUCUACCUUUUUCUGUCUGAGGUGUCCAUGAUAUUUGCCUUUUGUGCUGCACUUGGUAUACUACUCAAGAACUAUUGGGCGUAUAAGCGACUCUUUAUAGGAGGCGUCAUAUCGGGGAGCAUACCAGUUAUUAUACUCGUACCAUCACAGCUGACACUCAUGUAUAAGAUUUUCCGAUCUACAAUAUCAAAUCCUUUUCGUAUUAGAAAAAAAAUUUGA